AUGGCUCCCACAACGGGUCUAGAAGUCCCAAAGGACUCGGACCGUACCGUUUCUUCCGCAUCUACCAUCGCCGGUGACCAACUGUCCGAAAAGGCGGCCUACUUGAGUGGAGGAGAUGACGAAAAACAACAAGACAAGCAGGAGAAGCAAGACGACGUCUCUUCCAAUGCAGCCACCGAUGUGCCCGAUGAUACCGAAUAUCCGUCUGGUAUCAAGAUGUUCUUCAUCGUUGUUGCUCUCGUCAUGAGCAUCUUCUUGCUGUCACUUGAUAUGACCAUUGUGGCCACUGCCAUUCCCAAAAUCACCGACGAGUUCAAGGGUCUCGAUAAAGUUGGUUGGUAUGGUGCCGCCUUCUUCAUGACUGUCGGAGCUAUGCAGUCGACUUGGGGUAAGGUUUACAAAUACUUUCCACUCAAGACAUCCUUCCUCAUCGCCAUCUUCAUCUUUGAGCUCGGAUCCGUCAUUUGCGGAGCUGCUCCCAACGCCGAAGCCCUGAUUACCGGACGUGCCAUCGCCGGUGUUGGUGCUGCUGGUCUCGGUGCCGGCGCUUACACUAUUAUUGCCUUUUCUGCUCCUCCCAAGAAGCGACCUGCUUUCACUGGUAUCCUCGGUGCUUCCUACGGAUUUGCUAGUGUGAUUGGACCCCUCCUGGGUGGUGCUUUUACCGAUAAUGUCAGCUGGCGAUGGUGUUUCUACAUCAAUCUCCCUAUUGGAGGUCUUUCCGCUCUCGUCAUCUUGAUCUUCUUCCAGACUCCCAAGAAUGCCGUGCCUGUCAAGGCGCCCCUUCUGGAAAAGUUCCUCCAGAUGGAUCCUCUCGGUAUUGUUCUGAUGAUGGGCGCCACUGUUACCUACAUCCUUGCCGUUCAGUACGGUGGUGUCGCUCACGCCUGGAACUCUUCCGUCGUUAUUGGUCUUCUUGUUGGUUUCGUCGCCAUCACCGCCGCCUGGGCUGCUCUUCAGUACUUCCAGGGUGAGCGAUCCAUGGUUCCUCCCAGACUGGCUAGGGAGCGCACCAACUGGGUCAUGAGCGCCUUUGCCUUCAUCUUCGCUGGUGGUUUCUUCGCCGCCAUCUACUACAUUCCUAUUUACUUCCAGUCUGUCCAUGGAACGAACCCGACUAUGAGCGGUGUUCGCAACCUUCCCUUCAUCAUUGCUGUUACCAUUUCCACCAUUUUGAGUGGCACUUAUGUUUCCAUCACCGGUCGAUACCAGCCCAUGCUCCUUGGUGGAGGUGUUGUUGCCACCAUCGGCGCUGGUCUUUUGUACAUGCUCGAUGUCGACUCUUCCACUGGUGAGUGGAUUGGAUACCAGAUUGUUGCUGGACUUGGCUGGGGAACUGCGUUCCAGAUUCCCAUGAUUGCUGUCCAGGGCUCAGUUCCCCCUGAGGACCUUGCUUCCGCCACUGGCAUGCUGCUCUUCUUCCAAAGCAUCGGUGGUGCUUAUCUCGUCUCUGGUAGUCAGGCUGCUUUCAUCAAUCAGAUGGUCGGCCAUGUGCUCAAGAACGCACCUCAAGUCGACCUGGGCACUCUUGUCCUGACCGGCGCCACCGAGAUUCGACACGCAUUCCCUGCUGAUCAGCAGCCCCUCGUCAUUGAAGGCUACAUGUCUGGCCUCAAGGUCGUGUUCGCCAUGUGUAUUGCUGCCACUGGAGUUGCCACUCUCAUCGGAUGCUUCACUCGCUGGUCGAAGCUCAAGCAGGAGAACAUGACUGGCGGAGGCAUGGCUUAA